UUGUCCUGCUCUGUGGCAGAGCAUAUAAGAUCUGGGGCUCUAGGUGCUGCUGCUCUUAGAGCGCGUCCUGCUGCCCUUAGAGUGGAGCCUAUAGGGCUUGGGGCUAUAGCGGUCGGGGUCUGCAGCCUCUUCUGGCCCACGGCAGAACCCGUGGGGGCCAGAGUCAUAGGAGCUGGUGUCCUUUGAACGUGUCCUGUCCUAUGAUGGAGUGUUACAGGGGCUGAGUCCAGAGUUACUGGGGUUCACGCAGCAUGUCCUGCCCCAUGGCAGAACCCAAUGGGGGCUGGGGUCUGUGGGUCCUGUCCUGCUCCAUGGCAGAGAAUAUAGGGCUGGGUCCAUCGGGCUGCUGCCCUUGGAGCUUGUCCUGCCCCAUGGCGGAGCCCAUUGGGCUGUGCCUGCUGGUGUUGUCCUUCCUGGGUGCGCUGUGCCCUGUGGCACUGCCUGUAGGGCUGGGCUGCAGGGCUGCCCUUCCUGGGCCGUGCCUUUCCCCACGGCAGAGCUUAUAGGGAUGGAGCCCUGCAACCAGUCCCACUGGGGCUGCAUAGGGGUUGCUUGACACUACGGUCCCUAUAGGGUCCCCUUACAGAUCCCGUAGGGGCUGACUCUGUUGGGAGAUGCUCUGCCCUACAGAACUCCCCAAAAGUCCUUGUUCUGGGGUGUGAUGUGCCCCAUAGUACAUCCCAUAGGAUGCCCCCCAGUAAAGGUUCUGCUCUGCUUUGGGUCUUCCUUCUCCAUCUGUAGGAUCCUUCAGGGACCCCCUGUCCCUAUAGCCCCUCCCUGCCCCUUUAGGUGCUCUGCCCCUUCCAUAGGAGAUCUGCAUUUCCUUAUAAACGUUCUGGGUCCCCAUGAACCCGUCUACAGGCGGUGCCGUCCCCCUCCCACAGAGCCGCCACUGCAGUGUUCCCAUAGGCACUGCUCUGUAGGGCCCCAGAGCCUCACAGAUCCCAUUCCUGUCCCUUUCAGGGCUGUUCUGCUUGUAAAUUCCACGCGGCCUUUGUGGCUCUGUCCUUAUCUCUGCUGAUAAGAGCCUUGUCCCAGCCCUGCUCCUCCCACCCCGAGCACCUCUGGGACUGUGGGUCCGUUCCCUCCAGACCUUGUUAGAACUGAGAUAAUCGUUUUGGAGCUGCCCAAGGCUGAGCCCCAUCCCAUAGCGUUGUUCCAGGACUCACGGCGUCACUGGGUCUGACCGUUCCUGGCUGCGGGCGGCCGUAACGUGGCACCUCCUGCAUCUUUAAUGCUGCCCUACUUCGCCUGGCGCUCAGCUUCAGUGGGAGAGAAACGCCAAAAGUGUGCAUGGUGGGACGUGAUACCCCUGGCCCCGAUCCGCCCCAGUGUGCCCAGUGCUGCUGGGGUCUCGGUGCCAAUGGAACCCUAAAUGCUGCCUGGCGCUGCCCCAUCCCUGCAGUGCGGGGUAGGGCUGCCCAGCUCAGCUGUCCCCAGGAUAACCUGUCCCUGUGCUCUGUGCCCGCUGUUCCAACCCUUUGUUUGGAGUGUGCGGAUUGCUCUGGGCUGGGUUUGCUCCCCACCACCCUGACCAGUCAGGCUGGUUUGGAGCGCGGCUUCCAGCUUGGAUCCCAUAGAUAAGGAUCCCAUAGAUAACAGUUCCAUAGAUAGCGGGGCUUCCAGCUUGGAUCCCAUAGAUAAGAAUCCUGAUCCCUUAGACAGUGAUCCCAUUUAAAGCGCUGCUUCCAGCCCUGAUCCCAUAGAUAACAGUCCAAUAGAAAGCACAGCUUCCAACUUGGAUCCCAUAGAUAAGGAUCCCCCAGGUAACAAUGCCAUAGACAGUGUGAUUUCCAGCUUAGGUCCCAUAGAUAAUGAUCCUCCAGACAGCACAUUUUCCAGCCCUGCUCCUGUAGGCAGCAAUCCCACACAGAACGUAGCUUCCAGUCCCAAUUCCAUAGGUAUCUAUCCCAUAGUACCUCCUUUUCUGGCAGUGAUCCCAUAGAGAGCAUGCCUUUCAGUCCCAACCCCAUAGACAUCGAUCUGACCAUUAGGGUUGGCCGUUGGGUUGGCUGCACUCAUGGACUGUUGGGGUUGGCCAUGAGGGUUGGCUGUCAGGGCUGGUUGUUGGGCUUGGCCACUUUUGUGGGCCAUUGGAGUUGGCCAUUGGGGUUGGCCAUUGGGGUUGGCCGCACAUGUGGACUGUUGGGGUUGGCCAUUCGUGUUGGCUGUCAGGGUUUGCCGUGGACCACUGGGUUGUGACCCAUUGGCAGCCAUUCAUCCCAGGGCGGCUUUCCUCAACACCUGUUGGGUUUUAGGGCUGCAUGCCCGCCGCAGGGGGGCAGGAAGUAGGACGGGGCCGUCGGUGCCCGGUUGAUGAUUAACCUGAGGUGACGUCCCUGGGGCGUGGGGCGGACGCGGCCCCGUGACGCGCUCCUGGUUUCGGGUUUCGGAUCCUUGCGCAGCGCCGGUGUUGGUCGGGGUUGCAGGCAGGGCGCUGCCGGCACACGGAACCACGCAGACUUUGUUCCUAUUGAGCAAUCGGUGCUGCAGGUGGAGCAGAGCCUUUGGUGCAGAGAGCCUGAAGCCCAGGAAACGGGCAGAAAAAGAGAUAUUUUUGUGCUCGGAUCCCGCUGUUCCCGUGCCUCUGGCUGGGACGUGCGGUGCCGAUGCCUUCCCCUCCCGGCGCUGCCCGCCCGUUGCACAACAGCUCUGUGGGUUGCGGUGCCCACAAAGGGCCCUUUGUGCUCCGUAUCUGCAUGAGCAGAGUUGGCCGCCUGCCACACGCGGCUGCAGGGCAGAGCUGGGUGCCAUCAGGCCAAGUGCCCCCAGGGACGACAAAUGGGGUCCCCCUUUUCGUCACCCUCAUUUGCACUGAGAUCCCCUCCUGGGGGCUGUGUGCUGUUGUGGGAUCAACACUGCGUUCCUGUGUUGGAAUGUGGUCUGUUCCCCUUUAUCUGAGUGCUGGAGCCCAGCCAGGACGGGGCAUUCCUGGGGAUUAGUGCUCACCUGCUCCUGGCUCGAGCUGUGGGGCUGGACCCACUGCGUACCUAUGGAGGAAAAGAAUCCGUCCUCACUGCUGCACUCGUAGGGUGGCAGUGGGGUGGCCGUGGGGAUAUCAUGACUGUAGGGAACCCGUAGGGUGGCCACAGGGAAAUGGUGCAAUGGGGUGACCGUAGAGACACAAUGUUCAUGGGAAAACUGUGGGGUGCCCGUGGGAUGGCAAUGGGGUGGCCGUAGCUUGACCGUAGGGUGAUUGCAGGAUGAACUUGAGGACAUUUGGGGAUCUGGUACCGAUCUCAUUACUGUGAUGCCAUGUGGGGACAACGAGCUCAUGGCAGUGGCCCUCGUCCCCAUGGCCACCCCGCUGGGUGCCAGGUGCUGCCACCUCCACCAUCUGCUCAGGGCUGGUUCUCUGCUGCGGCUGAGCUUGGCACUGAACCUCUGCCAUGUGCUGGGUUUGGCAAAACCUCAGCGCUGGCACCGUGGGGUCCCUGUGGCCAUUUGUCCUCUGCAGUGUGCCCGGAGCUGAGGCUUUGGGAUGGGCACGGGGGUGGAUGUGUGGGCUGCACUGUGGGGUGACAUCGGGACCAAAAGCUGGAAACGUGAGAUUUUGGUGCCGUUCUCCCUUUCUCCCUACGUGCGGGACGUGGUGACCCCGGCUCUGUGCCACCAUCCCAUGGUCGUGCGCUGAGCGCGGUGCCCGCGGUGCCGCUCGCAGUGCAGUUAUUUUGGGCAGCACACGGAGCUGCCGGCCCCAGAGGCAGCAGUGGAGGAGCGCAGCGCUGUGGGGCCGGGGCUGCCCGGGGCUCUGCUGUCGCUCUGCAUCAGUCCUGCCGGAGCUCCCGGAGCUGCGGUGUCCGCGGUUCGGUGGUGACGGAGGGCGAGCGGAGGACGCUGAACAGCAGCACUGCACCCGGCAUGGAGCGCACGGCAGAGAAGCAGAGCCCGGUGGACUACGGUGUCCAGAUCCGCUUCAUCAAUGACCUCCAGGAGCCCAAGAAGGCCCCGAAGGCGCGCACCAAGCCGGGCUCCUAUGGGGUGGCCGUGCGCGUGCAGGGCAUCGCAGGGCAGCCCUUCGUUGUCCUCAACAGUGGCGAUAAGGGUGGAGAUUCCUUCGGGGUGCAGAUCAAAAGCGACGGCUCCUACCCUGCAGGGACCACCAGCCCACGGCCCCCAGAUCCGCCCCCUGAGCCGGACCUCCCCGAGAACCCCUAUGUGCGCCCACAGCCUUCCUACAGCGUGUCAGAUGAAGAGAACGGUGCCGCCCCGGUGCCCACCCGGCACAAACCCCAUAGCAAGAUGGGGGCUGAGCUGCGCCGGACGCAGUCCCAUGGCAAUCUGCUGGCUGCUGGCGAUGAGCCCGUGGCCACCGGCUCCAGGAGCAGCAGCACGCUGAGCAUUGCCCACCCCACACAUCGCAAAGGCUCCGGGAUUGGGGUCACGCCCUCCUCAGACUCGGAGAGCCCGGCGUCGCGGCACGCAGGUGGUGACAUCGACACCGAACCGCUCUCCUCGGUGAAUUCUCUCAUCAGUAAAUUUGAUGGCAAAGUGCAGCAGCGCGGCCGUGCGGCGCGGAGAUCCCGUGUGGCCCUGGAGGAGAGGAAACGCUCACAGAGCCUGGAUGCCCGCAGCACCGUUCCCGAUGGCCGCGUUGUGGGCGCACCGUCCCCAUUGCCCACCGGGGCAGGCAAAACUGGAACGGUGAAUCGUGGCACUGAGGAGCGACUGCAGAGCAAAGCCCAGACAGAGCUGCAGCUGAAGUCAACGCCGGAUCUGCUGCGGGACCAGCAGGAGGUAGCCCAGCCCGGCAGCAGUGAGGACCCCAAGGAGGUCAUCUAUGGGAUCCUGAAGGAGGGGAGCAGGGACAGCGGCGCGAUGCUGAAGAGGAAGGCUGCACUGGUGCUGGAGAAGUUGCAGGAGGUGGGGGCACCCACCAAGGGGAAGGCGUGCUCCCAGCCCCAGCACCACGCGUUGGCCCAGAGGGUGGAGGAGCUGCAGGAAAGGUUGGACGAGGAGAGCAAGCUCCGCCAGAAGCUGGAGCUGACCAAGGAGCGCAGCACCGCGCGGGCGCUGGAGGAGGCGCAGGAGGAGAGUGCACAGCUGCGGGCAGCGCUGGAGAAGAGAAUGCAGGAGCUGCAGAGGAGCACCAAGGAGCUCGGGGAGGCAAAGGCAGCACAGACGCGGGCAGAGGAGCAGCUGAAAGCGGUGCGCACAGAGAUGGGCACAGCCGUGGACACCAACGCUCUGUACAAGGAGCUGGAGGAGACCCAUGAGGAGCUGGAGGAGGCCCUGAGCUCCCGGCAGCGAUUGGAGGAGCAUCUGAGGCUGCGGGAACGGGAGCUGACGGCGCUGAAAGGGGCUCUGAAGGAAGAGGUGGCCAACCACGACCGUGAGCUGGAGCGCUUGCGGCUGCAGUGCCACAGCGACAUGGAGCAGCUGCGGCGCAGCGUGGAGGACAUCUCGCAGAACCGGGCCGACCUGGAAUCAGAGAAGCAGAAAAUCGGUGUGGUGGUGCGAAACCUUCAGCGUGAACUGGAGGAGAGUGCCGAGGAGACGGGGCACUGGAGGGAGAUGUUCCAGCGGAACAAGGAUGAGCUGCGUGCCGCCAAGCAGGAACUGCUACAGGUGAAGAUGGAGCGGGAGGAGUUCGAGGAGGAGCUGCGGGAGCUGCGGGAGCGCUUCACGGCCACGCGGGAGGAGGUGGAGAGGGCGCGGAGCAGCGCAGUUGACCCCGGAGAGAUGGAAGCGCUGCGCACGGAGCUGCGCCGGGCGCGGGAGGCACAGCGGGAGCUGGCGGAGGAGAAGGAGCAGCGGGAGGAGGUGAUGAGGCAGCGGGAAAAGGAGCUGCAGGCACUGCGCAGCACUGUGCGGGAUGAGGCCCAGAGCCACAGUGGAGCCAUGGAGCAGUGCCACCGUGACAUGGAACGGCUGCGGGAGGAGAGGGACGAGGCUGUCAGGGCGAAGGUUUCUCUGGAGGGCGAGAGGGAGGCGGCAGAGGCAGCGCUGCGGGAGCUGCAGGAGCAGCACGAGGAGCUGCGGAGGAAGGUGCAGGGCAUGGAGACGCAGCUAAAGGACUAUGAGCGCAUGGGGGAAAACUGGGAGGGCUCCCAGGCACGGCUCCGAGAGAAGGUCACCAAAUUAGAGGCAGAGCGCAGACACGCAGAAGAGUCGUUGGGCGAAGCCACAGACCGUGAGCAGGAGCUGCUGCGGGCGCAGCGGGUGCUGGAGACACGUCUGGAUGAGGCGCAGAGGGGAAUGGCACGGCUGGCACAGGAGCAGCGGGAGCUGAGUGCGUCCCUCCAGGACGAGCAGAGGCAGAAGGAGCAGCUGAAGCGUGCCAAGAUCGAGCUGGAGGAGCAGAAGCGGCUGCUGGACCGCAGCACCGAGAAACUGAACAGAGAGCUGGAGCAGAUGACAGAGGAGUCCAACCGCUCACUGGCUGCACUCAAGGCUCAGCUGGAGGAAUGCAAGGAGAAAUCCCGCAAGGAGAUCACUGAUUCCCAAAAACAAGCCAAGGACCGCGGAGUCGAGGUGGAGAAGAUGCAGCUCAGCGUGGGACGGCUGCAGGACGAGGUCACCAGGCUGAAACAGGCGCUGCAGGACAGCCAGACAGAGCGGGACGGCGCGCUGCUGGAGCGGGAUGUGACGCUGCAGCGCCUGCGUGGCCUCGAGGAGGAGGUGGAUGCCAAGAGGCGCUCCCAGGACGACCGCUUGCGGCAGCUCAAGGUGCUGGAGGAGAAAUCCAAGCGCCUGGAGGAGGAGCUGGAGGAGGAGCGAAGCACGGUCGAGCUGCUGACCGAGCGCGUCAACCGCAGCCGUGACCAGAUUGACCAGCUGCGUGCUGAGCUGCUGCAGGAGCGCUCGAGCCGCCAGGACCUGGAGUGUGACAAGGUCUCACUGGAGCGCCAGAACAAGGAGCUGAAGAGCCGUCUGGCCAGCUCCGAGGGCAUGCAGAAGGCAGGCGGCUCCAUCUCACAGCUGGAGGCGCGCCUGGAGGAGCUGCAGGACCGGCUGCAGGCUGAGGAGAGGGAGAAGAGCAUCCUCCAGUCCUCCAACCGCAAGCUGGAGCGCAAGGUGAAGGAGCUGACCAUCCAGAUAGAUGACGAGCGGCAGCAUGUCAACGACCAGAAGGACCAGCUGAGCCUGCGUGUGAAGGCGCUGAAGCGGCAGGUGGAUGAAGCCGAGGAGGAGAUCGAGCGGCUGGAGGCUGCCCGCAAGAAGGCGCAGCGGGAGCUGGAGGAGCAGCACGAGCUCAACGAGCAGCUGCAGGGCCGCAUCAAGGCACUGGAGAAGGAGGCCUGGCGCAGAGCUGCCCGUGCAGCCGCUGACUCCUCGCUGCAGGACGACGCGCUCAGCUCCGACGAGGACAGCACCUAUGGGCCCUCCUCCAUCGCCUCGCUGCUCAACGAGGCUAACCUGCAGACCAGCUCCUGCUGAGCCCCACGGAGCCCCCAGGGCUGUAGGAACUGCUCAGAGACCUCCGCCCCGCUGGCGUCGGCCAUCGGCCCUCUUCUUUUGCGUGGCUUUUUGCCCCUGGUGGACCCAAGGUUGGUGGCUGCGAGGACGGGGCCCGUGGUCCCCAGGGAAUGCCGCCGCCCCUCAGCUCCGAUUUAUUUUUAUAUGCAAUCAUCUCCCUUGUUCCUCACCGCUCUUUUCCCUCUCAAAGUGCUAUUUUCAAUAAAAUGGACCAUUCCAACACCAGCA